CCCAUAAUUCAGAAAACAAAUAUCUUUAUUAAUUUACAUUGAACUCUAUGAGAUGGCACUGUUUCAGUUAUGCAAUACUUGCAGUUAACCAUAAGAGGGCAGUAGUUACUCAAUAUUACCUUUGACAAUACUGAAGCUUUAUUGGGUAUCCACAAGCUCCUCCUUGGAUCAUCAUUAUUAUAAUACUAGAAGUAAAAUUCUCCCACUGCUGAUUUAUCUGAACUUCAAGGUUUAUUCAGCAGUCAUGUCACACAAGUUGAGAAAUAUAUUUCUCUUCACACUAUUCAUUCUUGAGUGCAGAUCAGAGGACACAGUUGAUCAGCCAGACAAACAUGUGACUGAAGCUGAAGGAAGAUCAGUGACAUUACAGUGUAAAUAUAAAACAGAUUCAGUUCAAGAAGAUUUAUUCUGGUACAUCCAGAGAGCAAAUGACUUUCCUAAAUACAUCCUGAGGAGAAGCAAAUAUGGAGGAGAAAAUGGCACUGAGUUCCAGGAGAGAUUUCACUCUGAACUUUCAUCAAAUUCAGUUCCUCUGAAGAUCAAGGAUCUGCGUGUGUCUGACUCUGCUGUGUAUUACUGUGCUCUGAGGCCCACAGUCACAGGAAACACAUCAGAUCUGUACAAAAACAAUGAGAGACGAGAAAGAUCAGCUUAUUAUAAAAGAUGUAAAUCUCAAGACAAAGUUGAUCAGCACACAAAGAUUCAGUCUGCUUUUGAAGGUGAUGAUGUAACAAUCAACUGUACAUAUCAGACGUCUUACACAAACCCGACUCUCUUCUGGUACCAGCAGAAAGUUAAUGGGAUCCCCAAGUACAUGUUGAACAGAUACUCUAACUCUGGGGAAAAUGAGGAUGAAUUCGAGGAGAGAAGAUUUCAAGCAAAUCUCAGCAAAACUUCAGUUUCAAACAACACAAAUUGA